GGAAGAGUGCUAUGUUACGCAGUGCGUGUGACGAAUACACAGAGAGACUCAAGGUGUAGCCAUUAUCGACCCAUUCACUUACCUAUCGUAUAUCCUCCUAUCCAUCGAUAGCUGCAUUCACAUAGAUAGAUAGAUCCCAAUUCUUAGCACAGGAUAGUUCCAGACUCGACUCUUUCUGCAAGGAUGAUCCUCUCAACAUGGCUAGCAGCCUUAGCCAUCAUCGCGGCUCCCCUGCAGGUCAUGGCAGCCAAGAACCACGACUUUAAACUAUGCCAGCAACAAUCGUUCUGUCGUCGACUUCGAGGGAUCGCCGAUCGAGCUUCCAAGGACGAAGGCUUCACCUCGCCUUAUUCCCUCUUACCACCGGUCCCUAACAAGGGGGGCAGCGAUGGAGCUUCUUGGACAUUUCCGAUGAAGACUUCCCUCUACAAAGAUGUCGACUUUGAACUCCAACUGGAUAUCUUGGAACAGGGGGAUGGGAUCGCUCGGAUCAGGGUGGACGAAGUGAACUCCAACCUCUCUUGGAAGAGGUAUAACGAGACAUCUAAAUGGGCCCUUUUGGAGGCAGAACCCGCUCGAGCCGACCUGAGCAGCGUCACCGAAAAGACUUCUCAGGGUGGAAAAGUUACUACAUUCGUCUACGGCGCUUCCGGAGAUCUUUCGUUGGAGAUCCGACAUGAGCCUCUGCUUAUCACCUUCAAACAGGGCGGGGAGACGGUCAUGAUCAUCAAUGACCGAAACCUCUUUCACAUGGAACAUUUCCGUCGUCGCGAGGAUUUCUUCUUCGAGGAGAACAACGAGAACGAUACUAUUGAAAGUGCAGUGGAAGGAGCCGAGGGAGAUCAGGUCGUCCUGAGUUCCACUGGAAAGGAGAAGGAAAAGGUGGAUACCACAUGGUUCGAGGGAGAGCCGGAUAAGGAUGCUUUUGAGGAAAGGUGGAAGACGUGGGCGGAUGCCAAGCCGAAAGGCCCCGAGGGAUUCUCCGUCGACAUCACUUUCCCCGGUACCGAGCACAUCUACGGUCUCGCCGAACACGCUUCACCCCUCUCGCUCCGCUCGACAGACGGUUCGGCCGAAGGGACCUUCUCCGAGCCUUACCGUCUCUAUAACGUCGACAUCUUCGAGUACGAAGCCGACUCCCCCAUGUCUCUCUAUGGCAAUAUCCCCAUGGUCCACGCUCAGACCUCCAAGCACUCUGUCGGAGUACUCAACCUCGUCGGCUCCGAAACGCUCGUCGACGUCAAACACCCCAAGUCUGGCGUUCAGACGCAGUGGAUGUCGGAAUCGGGGAUCAUGGACCUGUUCAUCCUCCCCGGCCCCAAACCCAAGGAUCUUUUCCGGCAAUACGCUGGAUUGACAGGAUACACUCCUAUUCCGCCUCUCUGGUCGAUCGCUUAUCACCAGUGUCGAUGGAACUACCUCGACCAGCACGACGUGCUCGAUGUGAACAGGAGGUUUGACGAGGAGGAUAUCCCGUUGGACGUCACUUGGUUGGAUAUCGAGUACGCGGCCGAGCACAAGUACUUUGAUUGGGACAAGAAGCAGUUCCCGGACCCUGUCAAGAUGCAAAACGAGGUCGGAGCAUUGGGACGUAAGAUGGUCGCGAUCGUCGACCCCCACAUCAAGAAAUCGGACAACUUCCGAGUCUACAAGGACGCCACUGAAAAGGACAUUAUCACCAAGCGAAACGACAAGACGAGCAACUUCGAGGGAUGGUGUUGGACCGGAAGUAGCGUCUGGGUCGACUUUUUCAACCCAAAAAGUUGGGAUUGGUGGACCGAGAUGUUUUCGUUCAAGGUUUGGGAGGACUCGACCAAAUUCCUUUACAUCUGGAACGACAUGAACGAGCCAUCCGUUUUCGACGGACCCGAAAUCAGUAUGCCUCGAGACAACGUACACUACGGAGGUUGGGAACAUCGUGACGUGCACAACAUCAACGGCGCCACUUUCCAAAAAGCUACUUUCGACGCCUUGUUGGAGCGAGAGAGCCCCAAGAAGCGACCUUUCGUCUUGUCCCGCAGUUUCUUCCCUGGAUCUCAGCGUUAUGGCGCUAUCUGGACGGGUGAUAACAUGGGUACCUGGGAGCACAUGGCCGGACAGACCGCGAUGCUUUUGUCCCUUAACAUUUGUGGCAUGACGUUCGCUGGAGCCGAUGUCGGUGGUUUCUUCGGUAAUCCAAGCGUCGAGAUGCUCAUUCGAUGGUACCAAGCCGGAGCUUUCAUGCCCUUCUUCCGUGCCCACGCUCACAUUGACACGAAGCGUCGAGAGCCGUACCUCUUUGAUGAACCGUACAAGGGGAUCAUGAGGGAUACCAUCCGGCUCAGAUAUCAGAUGUUGCCGGUUUGGUACACCGCUUUCCACGAAGCAAGCUUGUCGGGGGCGCCUACGAUGAGGCCUCAAUACGCAAUGUUCCCUGAGGAUUCUCUCGGAUUCGCAAUUGACGACCAGUACUAUGUCGGUGACAGCGGGCUAUUGGUGAAGCCCGUCACUGCUGCCGGCGUCGAGGACACGGUCGUCUAUCUCUCUGACAACCAGCCUUACUACAACUACUUCUCCCACCGCGUCUACCCUGCCUCGAAGCGCUCGAGACACGUCAAGGUUCCUGCUCCACUCGAAACCUUCCCUGUCUUGCUACAGGGGGGCUCCAUCCUGCCCAUCCGAGCCCGGGCUCGAAAGGCUUCGACCUUGAUGUGGCGGGACCCAUUCACGCUCAUCGUGGCCGUCGGUGCGGAUGGCAACGCAAGCGGAAGGCUAUAUGUCGACGACGGAGAUUCUUACGACUAUGAGAGCGGCCAAUUUGUGUGGCGAGAGUUCAAGCUCGACGGGUCGGGUAAAAGUUCGACCUUGUCCAACCACAAUUUGGCGACUGGAGGUCAGGCCGCCGGCGACUUGGUCAAGUUCUCGCCCUCGAGCGGUCCUUGGGCUGAAGGCAUCUCGACAGUCCAGGUCGAGCAGAUCGUGGUCCUCGGAUUGAAGAGCAAACCGACCUCUGUCCAGGCCAGCGGUAGCGAUCUCGAAUGGUCAUGGGUAGCUGGGUCAUCCGCAUCGACGGGUAGCGAGGGCGAUGCCAGCAAAUUGACAAUCAAGAAUCCCAAGCUCAAGAUCGUCGAUGACUGGAGCAUUACGUUGUGACCCGUUCCCGUCUAUGCA